UAUGCCCCAAAUAGAGCUCGUUUAAGGCGCAAGGCAAGACAAGCUGCCGCAGCUGCGCUCUAGGCUUCGCUGAGUGUGUUGUAUAGGUUCCUGUGCCGCCCGCGAGGACACGCGGAGCCCCCGCUAGCAGCCGCCGUGUUCGCGUUGACCAGCACGAGCUCACCGCGCCGGAGGCGAUGGGAUCUGACCGGCAUACUGAUACGGCUCGCGACCUCAGGACCGAGCAGCGCGUCUAAAUCGCCAGCACCACUCUAGCUCUCUCUUCACUAUCACGCUUUCUCCUUCUCUUCCUCCUCACGCUCUUUGUUCAUCUCUCCUCCGCCUCUAUCCUCCCACCUCCUCCGCAUUUUGAAAAGGGUGAAAAUAAACCAGAUUUUUUUCCGCGUUUUUGCGUGAAUAGCGUUUUGAUGUUGGUGACAGAGCCGCGCAUGCGUGGCUGUGUUGUCGGAAUUGCGGGGCUGCUUCAGACUAAGUUUAUUUCUCUAAUCUUCAUCUCUGUGCUCGGAGUGAGUGAUGUGGACGACUCGAGACCGCUGGCGCACGGGGAUUCUCUCUCUCCCGGUGCUAGUCACCAUGGUUCUGGGCGCGCAGAGCCCGAGCGAACCUAGCAACAUGUCAUACGUCAAAGUCACCGUGGAUAAACUGCUGAAAGGCUACGACAUACGACUGAGGCCAGACUUUGGAGGUCCCCCUGUUGACGUCGUCAUGAGCAUUGACAUCUCCAGCAUUGAUAUGGUAUCAGAAGUGAACAUGGACUACACCAUCACCAUGUACUUCCAGCAGUCGUGGCGGGACAAGCGCUUGUCCUACACAGGGAUUCCUCUCAAUCUGACACUUGACAACCGCGUCGCUGACCAGCUCUGGGUGCCUGACACCUACUUCAUAAACGACAAGAAAUCCUUCGUUCACGGAGUCACUGUCAAGAACCGCAUGAUACGACUGCACCCAGACGGAACUGUUCUCUAUGGACUCAGGAUCACGACCACGGCCGCCUGCAUGAUGGACCUACGUAGGUAUCCCCUGGAUGAGCAAAACUGCACCUUGGAGAUCGAGAGCUACGGCUACACCACGGACGACAUCGAGUUCUACUGGCAGGGCGGGCAGUCGGUGAGGGGCGUGGAGGGCAUAGAGCUGCCCCAGUUCUCCAUCAUUGACUACCAAACCCUGUCCAAGAAAGCUGUAUUUGCCACAGGUUCGUACCCUCGUUUGUCUUUGAGUUUUAAGCUGAAGAGGAACAUCGGCUACUUCAUCCUGCAGACCUACAUGCCCUCCACCCUGAUCACCAUCCUGUCCUGGGUCUCCUUCUGGAUCAACUACGAUGCCUCCGCUGCUCGAGUGGCUUUAGGGAUCACUACCGUGCUGACCAUGACCACCAUCAAUACGCACUUGCGUGAGACGCUGCCCAAGAUCCCCUAUGUGAAGGCCAUCGACAUCUACCUGAUGGGCUGCUUCGUCUUUGUGUUCUUGGCCCUGCUGGAGUACGCCUUUGUCAACUACAUCUUCUUCGGCCGCGGGCCCCACCUGCAGAAGAGGAAGGCCGAGAACGCUGCCAAGAGCACCAAUGAGAAGCAGCGCAUGGAUGCCAACAAGGUCCAGGUGGACGCUCACGGGAACAUCCACCUGGCCAACAUGGACCUGCGGAACGACAUGACCGGCGUGGAGAUGCUGGGCAGCCUGGGCGGCACCAACACCAUGUUCGCCUACGACAGCGCCAGCAUCCAGUACCGCAAGCCGAUGACGGGCCGCGACCUCUACGGCCGGCCCACCCCCUCGCUGGAGCGGCCCCUGGGGCCCAAGAAGAGCCGCCUGCGUCGCCGGGCCUCGCAGCUGAAGGUCAAGAUCCCCGACCUGACGGACGUCAACGCCAUCGACAAGUGGUCGCGUGUCAUCUUCCCCAUCACCUUCACCUUCUUCAACCUGGUCUACUGGCUCUACUACGUGCACUAGACGCUCCCGACUCCCCCCCCCCACCCCCACCCCUGCUGUUGUUGGCCGCUCUGGGCUCUGCUCGCCAUGUCUGUCUGGCAAAGGAGUCGCUGCGUGUCGGCCAUCAUUUAAUUAUGACUUACUUGGAGGUGGAAGGAACAAGUCCCAAAACAGGAAAAAGGUUCUUUUCAGUGUACAUACAUUUGAAUAUAUAAAAAUAUAAAGACCUAUAUAAAUAUAUAUAUAUAUGACAAAAAGAAAAUUAUAAUUUAAAAGAGGAGAACAAAUGUUUAAAAGAAAUGUAAUUUAUUAAUAAUUUCUCUUUAUCUUGGCUUUUACUCUGUUCAUUCAUAGAGAUAGUCUAGUUAACAUUAGUCCAGAGAAUUAAGACACAAACUCAACUCAGCACCUGCAUUUGUGCCAAACACGGAUCGCAGAGACUGAUCUUCAUCACGCAAUGGCUUUUUCCCCCCCUGCAGGGAGACUCAUGCUCAUCCACAAACACACACACACACACACACGCACACACACACACACACACACACACACACACACACACACACAAGCAGACCUCCAUACAUACAUACACACAUACACUUGCACACAUAUACACACAUACUGUAUGAGCAGACACACACACACACAAAUACACACACACAUUUUGCAUGCCACCAACUAACCCAGACUUUAAAAAAAAUGAAGAAAAAAAAGCCCUGAGCAAAAUCCGAGAAAAAAAAAAGGAAUGUUUUUUUGUGUUGCUGCAUCCCGUGAAAUUCGCCAGCCAUCUACAGGGUCAGACAUGAGCUAUAGUGUCUGUUUAAAACCACAUCCUGCUUCUGAGUUUGUCCUUUUAGAAACUGCAAUUUAAAAAAAAACAAAACAAUAUUUCGUCGACGGCUUUUCUGUUUUGGUUUGGUUUCAGCUCUGCACAAACUAAGUUAGUCUUCACACCGAAUCCUCAUCUCCCGUUUGAGACUAUGUUAGGCUUGUUGAAGAGAGGGGAUGAGAGGGUCUCUUGAGGGUCACUCCACACGCGCAUUCACGACCCUCUUUUGUGUUCCGUGCAUAGUGCAUGUGUGUGUGUAUGUGUGUGUACAGACAUGCUAUUUUUGCACUAAGAAUUCAGCUGCCAGCUUUUUCUCUCUCAGCCAAAGUGAGUGUAGAUUCCUAUCACACACACACUUGUGCUUCUCCAGUAAAAAAAAAGACAAAUCAGAGACACACAGGAGGGUAUGAAAUUAGGAUCUGUAAUUGCUCUCCAGAAUCAGAUUUCAGAAACAGACAAAAAAAAAAAUCUAAGUAAUUCUCACAGUGUCUGUGAGUAUGUAAAAUGUAAUUUUCUUUAAAAGAAAACAGGUAACAAAUGACCGAUGAUGUCACCGUGCUUUCUUAGAGUCACUCGUACACACACACACACACACACACACACACACACAUACACACAUACACAUACACAUACACAUACACAUACACAUACACAUACACAUACACAUACACAUACACAUACACAUACACAUACACACAUACACAUACACAUACACACACAUACACACAGACACACUCAGACACAGUCUUUCUUUCCUUCUCUUUCUCUCUCUCUCUCGCUCUUUCACUCUCUCUCACUCCCGCUCUCUCUAUCUCUCUUUCUAUCACACACACAUAUGCACACACUAGCACACACACACACACACACACACACACACACACACACACACGCACAAGCCCUCUGAGCAGCACACGCCGUACAAUUGUUGGAUGAGUCCAUCCACAUCUAUUAGGUUUGUUGGGAGCAUGUGUGAGCCAUGCAUAUCAAGUAACACAUUGCACAUGCUGAAGGACGCACUAGCCCCUGUUUGGUUUGUAGGAUUACAUUUUCUUAGACCCCCUUACUCCCCCAAAGAAAAGAAAAACCACUUAGCUCAACAUUCCUUAUAGUUUGGUUCAUAAAAGUAUUUCAAGUUAUUAUCAUUUCUCUUGCUCCACAGUUAAUCUCAGAAAUUUGAUAUUGUAAACAAAGAUGAAUUCAGUUUAGAGUGAACCUAACACAGGCCUCUGUAUCAGCUGCCAGAUGAUCUUGGCCACCUUGGCUGUCGGUACGUAUUGGAGAUGAUCUAGGGUCAAUAUAAGGGAGUGUCCUCAACCAUCGCUAAGUACAAUCAGCCAGCCAUGAGCUUGAUUGAUUUAUCUCAGGCUAGGGCUAAACGCUCAGGGUAUGGUUGUGCUAGCGGUUUUUUAAUCGCGGUUCAGAGCGACGGUUUGAACUUUCUUUCAGUCUGCUGGAAGGUCAAGGUCAUUGGCCCAUUCAUGUGGUGCAUCUGCUACCUUGGCUGACAGGGAAAAAUAUAUAAUAAAUACAUUUAAAUAUAUAUAUAUAUACACACAAAUGUAAAACGGACAGACAUCAUCUCAAUUCGGAACAAGCGGAAACAGAAGUCGUAGAAAACAGGAAAUGAUUUUUAAAAAUCAAUAAUUAACGUAUCUCGCUUUCUCUUCUCAUGGCUGAAUUUGUGCCUUGAUACGAAAAAAAAAAAAUCUCGAUAUUUUACAGGGUUUCACUUCAACCUAGUGCAUAGUUUCAACUGAACUACUUGUACUUUUUUAGAGGACAAAAAGGAAGUGACCGACAGGUGGACUUAAGCUCUUUUAUGAUGCUAUGUAUUCAUAAGUAUCCAUUAAUAGUCAUCCAUGUAAAUGAGUAGUUGGUAGUCGGACAUUCCAGCGUUUCCAUGACAAUCUGUGAUUGGGAGGGAACCUGCUGUGGGAGAUUGGGAUUUUGGAUCUGGGAGGGCGAGAGGUCAGAGGUUGAAGGUCACCUUGCCAGCCUCUGUUCCCCUCUCUCUCCUCUCCAGCGUGCCAAGAGGAGCAUCUCCAGUCUGCUGAAAACACACAUAUGCACACACACACACACACACACACACAAAUCAUACACACUCUCCUACCCUGCACACAUAGCCUCUUCCACACACAUAAAGCAUGUGCAUGCACAUGUCACAGGAGCAUCACAUCUCCCUCUGUCACACACACACACAGACAUACAGACACACACACACACACACACACACACAGACACACACACUGACACAAGAAAAUAGCACAUACAUGCCUCAGCGCUGAGACUAGACUUGGUAUGACUCUCAGUGCUUGGAGACACACACACACACACACACACACACACACACACACACACACACACACACACACACACACACCCAGACACUCACACAGACACACAGACACAGACACAGACACACACACACACACACACACACACACACACACACACACACACACACACACACACACACACACACACACACACACAAACACACACACCACAUGUCUAAUCAGCUUCAUUGGACUGGGAUGUCUACCACAGCGGAUGCCAAAAAAGGGUGAAGAUUUCAUAAGGUUCCUUCGAAGCUCUUACAGGAUACUGACUGGGCUCAAUUGUGUAUAAUUGCUGUAAACUUCACUCACGCUCUCUUUUUUCUCUAUGUGCUCUCAUUGCAAUGUGUGAAUGCAUGUGUGUGUGUGUGUGCGUGUGUGUGAUAUGCUAGUGUGAUCGAUUAUGUGUGUGUAUGAGAGGAUGUGAGAGUGUGUGUGUGUGUGUGUGUGUGUGUGUGUGUGUGUGUGUGUGCAUGUGUGCCUGUGUGUGUGCGUGCGAGUGUGUGUGUGCGCGCGUGUGUGUGUGUAUGCGUGUCAGCAUAUGGAUGCAAGCACACUUGUACAUGUAAACUCCAGUGUUCCUGGAAUUUGAAGGAUUCAAAUAAAAUAU